ACACCAUCUCUAGACUGCUGAUAUUAAACCGAUCACUGUGAUCACACACACACCUCUCUCUCUCUCGCCGCCCCACUCUGGUAUAAAUAGCAUCUCUAUGCAAAUGAGCAUGUGCCAUCCCUCCUCUGUGAUUGGUGCGUCCUUCACCGGCGUUUCCUCAUGACCAGAAGCCAUUGGUCCGUCCGUUCCAGGCUGACCUGACCAAUCAGAGGAGCCUUUGCGGUUUAUAAUCCUUUACGCACAAAGACAUUACGUAAAGGCCUCAGCGCUUCAACCGUCCGCCGCUCCGCCGCGCGUCUGACUCUCUCAUCCACACGCCGCCAUGUCUGGCAGAGGGAAAACCGGAGGAAAAGCCCGAGCAAAGGCCAAGUCCCGCUCCUCCCGGGCCGGCCUCCAGUUCCCGGUGGGUCGGGUCCACAGGCUGCUGCGUAAAGGCAACUAUGCGGAGCGCGUGGGCGCCGGAGCUCCGGUGUACCUGGCCGCGGUGCUGGAGUACCUGACCGCUGAGAUCCUGGAGCUGGCUGGAAACGCCGCCCGGGACAACAAGAAGACCAGGAUCAUCCCGCGGCACCUCCAGCUGGCCGUGCGCAACGACGAGGAGCUGAACAAGCUGCUGGGAGGAGUCACCAUCGCGCAGGGAGGCGUGCUGCCCAACAUCCAGGCGGUCCUCCUGCCCAAGAAGACCGAGAAACCGGCAAAGAGCAAAUAAAAGACUCAGAAGGCCCGGGUUCUCAUGGCGCACAGGGUCCGCCUCGGAGCCACUCGGCCACUUUUUUCAUAUAAGUGUUCGUUUUUAAAGCACCUCUCCAGUAGGGGGACAGUGUCUGUUGGUGUUUCUACAAGGAAAACAUUCACCCGCUUCUCAUCGGAAACGGACCAUCCAUAGACUGCCACAGUCCUGGGAAAUGGAGGCUGGGGGUCUGGGCUGGUGCAGGGGGUCUGGGCUGCAGGGGGGACCGUCAUUCAUGUGGUUCAGUCUGAAGGAAGGGGCUUUUGUUUUGGUCCCGCGAUGCUGCUACCAAUCGUUAAAAAUGGUUGUGUUUGUUUGUCACGGUGAAAUAAAUGUGUUGGAGACAAACAGCCAGUGUGAAUGUUUCAUGUUGUCAUCCGGGAACUCCUGGAGCCGCGAGACACGCGCAUGGUUGUUGUCACCAUGAGCUUUUUUAAUGGUUUGUAGUUAGAAACCUGCUCUCUGAUUAUAUGUUUUCUAGUUGUGUGUUUUGGUGGCUGUUGUUUCUGUGGAUGAGGUGAUGUUUACUUUUAUUAUUACAACAUGAUCAUAAUAGAGAAACUUCAUCUGUGGUUGAAAAGGGAAAUUUAGAGUCAAACAUUUGGAAUUAACAGAGUUUUUGAUUUGUUUGUAGAGGCCACAAGAAGUACUUUACUUAAGUCCAAUUUUGAUGAUGUCGUACCUUGAGUAUUCCCAUUUAAUGUAACUACAGUCAUGGAAAAAUGAUUAGAAUACCAUUGUUUUCUUCAUUUUCUUGUUCAUUUUAAUACCUGGUACAACUAAAGGUAAAACAUUUUGGACAAAUAAAAUGAUAACAACAAAAAU